AUGGCAACCCCAUUUCCCUUACUUCUUCUCCUUCUCUUCCUGCAGCGUUCCACCGCCGCCGCCGCCGCAACAAACAAUAUCGGCGUCAACUACGGCACCAUCGCCGACAACCUCCCACCACCCUCCACCGUCGCCUCAUUCCUCAAAACCCAAACCACCAUCAACCGCAUAAAACUCUUCGACGCAAACCCCGCCAUCCUCCGCGCCUUCGCCAACACAAACAUCUCCGUCACCAUAACAGUCUCAAACAGCGACAUCCCUUCCCUCACCAAACUACCCUCAGCCCAAUCAUGGAUCACAACAAACAUCCUCCCUUUCCACCCCGAAACCGCCUUCAACCGUAUCGCCGUCGGAAACGAAAUCCUCGCAACUUCAGAUAAAGACCUCAUCGCCCACAUUCUCCCCGCCAUGAAAGCACUUCACCAAGCUCUCACACUCUCAAACCUCACUCAUAUUCAAGUCGUAUCACCUAACUCACUCGGCAUUUUAUCUUCCUCGGAACCACCGAGCGCUGGAAGUUUCCGCCAUGGCUACGACCGUGCUAUCUUCGCUCCCAUUCUGGACUUUCAUCGUCAAACUAAUUCUCCUUUCAUGGUUAACCCGUAUCCGUUCUUCGGUUUCUCUCCAACCAAACCCGAAACGUUGAACUAUGCACUUUUUAAACCAAACGGUGGCGUUUUUGAUAAAGCAACUGGAAUAAACUAUACGAAUAUGUUUGACGCUCAGAUGGAUGCGGUUUAUUCGGCGAUGAAGAAACUUGGGUAUGAUGACGUGGAACUGUGGACUCCUUUGAUGCCUAAUAGAACGUUUGAGACUUAUAUUUUCUCCUUGUUUAAUGAGAAUCUUAAACCAACUGUUUCGGAGCGGAAUUACGGGUUGUUUAAACCCGAUCUUACACCGGUUUACGACGUUGGUGUUUUUACCCAACAACAUCAACAGACAAUGGGGCCUGCGUCUGGGCCCAUGGCAAUGGGUCCGGCAUCAGGGCCCGUGGCAAUGGGGCCUACAUCUGGGCCCGUGGCAAUGGGGCCGGCAGGGUCCCCGGAGUCAUCUGUUUCAAAGAAGUGGUGCGUGCCGAAGACUAAUGCAACUGAAAAGGCAUUGAAAGCCAACAUUGACUAUGUUUGCAGCAAUGGAAUAGAUUGUGGGCCGAUAAAGAAUGGUGGGCAUUGCUUUAAGCCCGAUUCUUUGAGGUCCCAUGCAUCCUACGCUAUGAACGCAUAUUAUCAGCAAUUUGGUCGCCACGAUUUGGACUGUGAUUUUGGUAACACAGGAGUCAUUACUCACAUAGACCCUAGUUAUGGGACGUGUAAGUAUCCAUAUGCAGCUACAAGAUCAGGACAAAACGUCAAAAAGCCUGUUACAGAUGGUGGUGGCUCACUCAAAUCUGCUACUUCUAACCUUAGAUUAUAUGACUCCUUAUCUCAUCUACAAUUUCUUAUUUGUCUUUGUCUAUGUUUUCUCUAA